UAGUCAGUUGUGAGAAAGUCAAGGUGCUGCGAAGAGUUUCACGUGUUCUGAUUGACUACUGAAAGAAACAGAGUAUACCGGACGAGAGAAAUUCAUUAUCAAUGAACCUAUAUAGGAAUUUUGGGAAUCUUCUGGAGAGUUGGGUGACCGAAGGCCACCAGGAUUUAUACUUACAGACAGGACCUGGUGUGGACAGAUUAGAUUCAAUUUCUAGGGACUCUGUCCCACUAUCCAAUGUAAAAUCAGAAUCCGAGGACUCUGGAUUUGAGACGGUUAGUACAACUAGUCCUUGUCAUUCUCACCAGUGUAGUGCUUUGACAUCUGAAGAAUCACAGCCAGUUUUUGGCUCUACAGAGGAUGAGGUUCAACCUUCAUCCCCGUCUCCUUCUAUUUGCUCAUCCUCAAGUGUCUCUCUCAGCUCUGUGGCUCUAAAAACAACAUGUCUGGAGGUGGAGCAAGCCUUGAGAAGGACAGAUUCAGGCUCAUGGAGAGGACCCCUGCACCAGAUUGAAAGAGGGACCGCUGGGCCACGGUAUCGCUCUAACACGGCCUCUUUUCCAACCAGCUUUCACUCAAACAGCUCCAGACCACAUCAUCGGUUUGCUCAUCCAAGGAGAACUCAUUCACAACCUCCAGAUCCCAAGAAAGCCGAGCUGUACAGAAAAUGCCACCAACAGGGCCAACCAGUAGACAGCCAGUUGGAGCAGCUUGCGGACAGUGAUCAAUACAGGCUGGACAAACUGUCUCCAGGGUUGCUGUACCUGGAGCAGGUGUGCAGGAUGCUGGAGAACAUUGCAAAGCUACAGCAGCAAAACUACAGCCUGCAGAAAGAGGUGGAGAUCCUGAAGAGUCAGCAUGCUGAAAUAGAGCUUGGAAGCUUGCAUGAGGAGGAAAUAAGCUAUCCUGCCAGUCAAGGUUUACAGAUUCUGGGUCAUCCACCUAGCGAAUCGACUCACCUAAAAGAACCCAUGGGAUUUCGUCACAGAUCAGUAUCUGACACUCAGGCAGCCGUCGGCCAUUACAGGAGAACAAGGUUUGUUCAAGACAAACCUAUUGCAGAUGCCUUAGUCGAGGAACCUGAUGGUAAAGAUUCUUUACCCGAAAAUGAGCACAAAAAGCCGAGUAAGAUCCAAAAGCUGAAAUUUGCAUCAUUUAGAAGGCAGGAAACACAACAGUCUGACAGAGAAAGCAAAAGCUUUCAGCCUAAGAAGAAAACAAGCUUUUUCAGUAGGAGUAGAAGUAUGACUACACGUCUCUAACAUUCAUGCCACAUUGAUGCCCAGUGAUGGUGGCUCACACCUCCCAUUUACCUGAGGAUUAUGGCACUUUUAUAUGUAUAGCUUGUUUUAGUCAAGUAUUUAAGGCUGCACUUAAAUAAAGUACUGAGUAGUACUAAUAGUCUUCAUGUACUUAAUGGAUACUUGUUUUUUUGGAACUGUCAGUUCACUUUGUUUUUGUUAAUCCUAUUGUUUAUAAAUUUACAAUGCAAAAUGCUGCCAAUGCGUAGUUUUCAUCGCUAGAUCCAUUCAUUGUAUUUUAGUUAUUUUCUCAUCUAUCAUGAUCUCAGUCUGUAAACUUUUGCUGCUAAAAGAAUUUGUUAUUUUGUAAUACUAAGGUGAUUUCAUAACAAUUGUUUAAUAUAAUAAAA